UCUGAAAAGUCUAAAGCGUUGAAAACUAAAAAUGACCUCUCUUUUGUCUGUAAUUCCCAAGUUAUAUCAAGAAUACACAACUAAAACACCUAAGAAACUUAAAAUAAUAGAUGCUUAUUUAUUAUAUAUUUUCCUUACCGCAGUUAUACAGUUCGUUUAUUGUUGUCUUGUUGGAACAUUCCCUUUUAACUCUUUUCUUAGCGGCUUUAUUUCCACAGUUAGUUCUUUUGUAUUAGGAGUAUGCUUAAGACUUCAAGUGAAUCCAGACAACAAGAAUGAGUUUCAAGGCUUGAGUGCUGAACGAGGUUUUGCUGAUUUUAUUUUUGCUCACCUAGUGUUACACAUUGUUGUGAUCAACUUCAUUGGGUAGACUGGUAAAAUCUUUACAACUAUUUAAUGUAAUAAAUAAUUUUUACAAUUUUUGACUGUUUAUAACUGUUGAUACAGUUUUAUAGCCCUAUCCCAGAGUUGAAUUGAGUGUAUUCCUCCACCUCCAGUUCCUAUUAGAAUUCCUCCAUAAAUUUGAACUCACAAUACU